UAUUUAUUUGAGAGUGUACCUUAAAAAUGGAGUGGUCUUAUGAAAGACCUGGUUUGUUAAAGAAAGGCGGCCGGUAACAGGAAAAAAAGAAUGGGAAAGAAGGAGAAGAAACAGAGGCAUCAGCAUCAACACAGAGAAGCUUCUUAUUACUACAACACUCCUCAACAAGAAGAUGAUCGAGAACCAGAAGCUGAUGAUUUCGAAGAAGCAGCCGCAGAGGAUGACAUUAGUAAUGCAUCAAGCCCAUCUAAUGCCAUUCCUUCAAAGUUUCUUCUUUACCAACAAUCUGUACAGUCUCCCAAAGGAGAUAUAAGCUAUCUGCACAAGUUCUUUUUAAUGUAUGUUGGUGGAAGGUCACCUCUUCAUUUCCAGGAGGAUUUCUGUGGGACUGCUUUUUUGAGUACGGAAUGGUUACGUAGUGAUCCAAGACGGACUGCUGUAGGAGUGGAUUUGGACCUUGAGGCGCUAAAUUGGUGUAUGGAGAACAACAUAAAUAAAGUUGGAGCUGAUGGAUAUUCCAGAAUAUCUCUCUUCCAUGGAAAUGUCUUGCAGCCUCAUGAGGCCGAAUUACUCAGGUUUGACCCCCAAGAAUUGAUAAACGUAAAACUGGGAGAGAGCAAAGACAGUCCCGAGAGUAAUGCGCUUGAUUCUGCUUCUGCCAGUAAUAAGUGCUUGAAAGAAAACGUCCAGUUACCAGCUAGAGACAUUGUGUGCGCCUUUAACUACAGCUGCUGUUGUCUCCAUAGACGAGCAGAUCUGGUUCUGUACUUCAAACAUGUUCUUGAUUCGUUGUCCAAAAGCGGUGGUAUAUUUGCAAUGGAUCUAUAUGGUGGAUCAUCAUCAGAAGGCAAGCUAAGGCUACAGAGAAGAUUUCCAAAUUUUACGUAUAUUUGGGAACAAGCUGAAUUUAACAUAAUUGAGCGCAAGACAAGGAUAAGCCUCCACUUUAAUCUUCCGAAACAGCAGAAAAAAAUCCGCCAUGCAUUUUCGUAUACCUGGAGGCUGUGGUCACUGCCAGAGAUCAGAGACUGCUUAGAAGAAGCUGGGUUUAAAUCCAUUCACUUUUGGCUUCGGGAGAUGCCGGACAGUGAAGAAAACAGGAACAUCGAGGGAUUCGGUGCUGGGCGAGACAUAAAGUAUGAGGAAGUUGAAACUUUUGAACAAGUUGAUUCUUGGAAUGCGUACAUUGUGGCUGUUGCAAACUGAAUUAAUGACUCGAGUUGAGCUGCGUAAAUUGCCACUCUCGGUAGAGGCGUAGAGCGGUAAUAAUGAUAUCGUGACCUGGAAUGUGGAAAAACCGAACUGAAAAAACCAACGGAACCUAUUGAUCCAAUCUGAAAUUUGAAGUUUCUUAUUGAACAAGUUGAUUCUUAA